AUGUCGUCCGUGAGGUGCACGACUCUCAGUCACUGUGUUAGGGGAGAGAUCACCAAGAUCGUCUUACAUCCAGACAACCCCCCUGUUCCCGAUGUCGCAGUCGUACCGUUAACGAGGCCUCCUGCCUACAUUGUUGUUCGAUUGGAGCGCACGAAGCUGGCGACACUGGAUGGACUGGACGAGUGCGAGAUUCCCAUUGAAACGGUGGAGCAAACAUUCAACAUAGAGGUCGAAAGCGGCGAUCAAGAGAGACAGCGACUGAGGAAGGUGGUCCGGCGGCGCCAACUCCCCAUAACCGCAGCGUAUGCAUUCACGGAUUAUCGAUCACAAGGGCAAACAAUACCCUAUGUUAUUGUUGACAUAGCAAAGCCGCCUGCAGGACGGCUGAGCUUGUUCAAUUUGUACGUGGCGUUGUCGCGCAGUUCGGGACGCCAAACUAUUCGUAUAUUCCAAGGUGCUCAUGACGAGACAAAGAAAGCACGAGUUAAUGUUCGUGGUAUACAGCAUGUAUCGUAG